CAUAAAGUAAAUUGAGAAUGAAAACAUUUUCUUAGUCAAUUUCCAUCGAAAUGACAUUGUCGGCAAUGUGUACAGUACAUAGAUUUAUAAUAGUGCUUAGUGGUUUUAUUUCCAUCAUCUCAACCACCAUUACCAAUGUUGAGAGUGCAAACAUUUUAUUUCUAUUACCAGUGGCAUCAGCAAGUCACAGAUUGUGGAAUAAUGUGUUGAUAGAGGGUUUGGAGGAGCGAGGACACAACCUUACAAUUUUAACUGUGGAAAUGGAACGUUCACGUCAAAAUGUCACGUAUAUUUGCAUGAGGAAUAUUUAUGAAUCGCAAGAUGAAUUUUUUAAUAAGGAAAAUGGAAAUACAAGAUGGAACUUAAAGCAAAAAUCUCCGUGGACGGUUAUCAAAGAGAACUAUCAACUUGGGAAUUAUUUAAGUAGAAAAAUGUUUGCAUCUAAAGGCUUCGAGCAACUCCUCAACUAUCCAAAGACAUUUAAAUUUGAUGCAAUCAUAUUUGACUAUAGCAUGGGACAGUCAUUGCUUGGAUUUGUUGAUUAUUUUGGCAAUCCACCGCUAAUUUCAGUCUCACCACAUUCUCAUCCCUUGAGACUUAAUGCCGCAUCGUCAAUACAAAUCCUUCCAAGCUACAUUUCACAUUACUCAAUGUUGUCAACGACGAAAUCACUGAGGGAAGGAAUAAGCGAAAGAUUCAUGAAUGCAUUCAUUUAUCACACAUUCGAUUGGUUCUACGCGAGUCACAUUUACAUGAAAAAUGAAAAUCAUCGUGUAUGGAAAGUGUUUGGUGUGAAAAAUGAAAAGCUUUUGAAUAUAGAUCAUUUGGAGUAUUCGGAUCUUGUUCUCAUAAAUAGAAAUUUUGCUUUUGAUGAUAUUUUUCCAUUGCCACCAAAUGUGAUUCCAAUUGCAGCAAUUCAGGCGCAGAGGAUUAAUGAAAUACCAAAUGAUGAUGUCAUCACAUUCAUUGAACAUUCAGAGAAACCAAUUAUCCUCUUCACAAUGGGCAGUUCUAUGUUGGCAGAAGAUUUAGGAUACGAAAUAAUGCAUGAGAUAAUGAAUGCCUUUCGAGAGCUCAACGACUUUAGCAUCAUAUGCAAAUGCAAUGAAAAAUUUAUCAGAAAAUCUUCUCGACCACAAAAUGUUUUAUUUGUUGAAUGGAUGCAGCAGAAUGAAAUAUUGAGAAAUCCAAAACUUCAUCUUGUCAUCACUCAGGGUGGAAUGCUGACAAUUCAGGAAGCAAUUUGGCACGCAAAGCCAAUUCUCGGUCUACCAAUUCAAAUCGAUCAACAUCGAAACAUGAACAGAGCAAUUGAAUUGGGCUUUGCUGAGUCAAUCAAUGUCCGUAAUUUUACAGCAAUUGAAAUUGUCAUUAAGGUUCGAAUGAUUAUUGAGAAUCCAAUCUAUCAUGUGAAUGUGAGGAAAGCAUCAGAGCUCAUGAAAUGUCAAAGUCCAUUGAAGCCGAAAGAAUUGGCAAUAUUUUGGAUUGAGCAAGUACUCAAGCAUAAAGGACUUAGACACCUGCAAUCAGACGCAAGAUUCUUUAACUUCUUUAAGCUCUACUUGAUAGACAUUAUCACAAUCAUUGUCAUAAUUUUCCUCAUUUAUAUUCUCCUCAUACAAUAUCAUAUCAUUAAGGGAUGGCUGCUAUGGAAACAGAGAAGAAUAAAUGAGGACAAAGUCAUGAACGAAACAGAUAAAUUAAAAAAUGAGUGAUUCAUGAUGAGAACUGCUGAAUAAGUAGAAUUAUAAUAGAAUGUAGGAGAAAAGAAGGCAGAACAUGAAUGAGAAUGUAAGUCAUUGACAAUAAAGAAAAGAAUGAGAAUAAUGCGUGUAAGUGCAGCUAUUUAAAAAGAUUUUCAUUCAUUC